AGAGAGAAAAGCAGUAAAGAGAUUGGAGUUAUUGGUCUAUUCCUCUCUCUGCUCUGAGGCACAAUCACACCAUACCUUCAGUCUCAUUCCUCACCGAUUAUACAAGCGUUCUCUGUGAGCACAAUGAUUGUAGAAGAGAACCUGGAUCAUCACAAGACACGGGCACUGAAUUACUGGGCGACUCUCCGCUCCUUCGUGCACAAUUCACCGGAGAAGAUCAGGAGUUCAGAAUGGACCUCGCAAGACUUGAUGCACGGGAUGGAGCAUGUGCACCAUGUGACCUUUGACUCUCCCGUCUACCACGUGUCCUUCAACCCCAACACCAAGGAGUUCGCCUGCGUCGACGCCAUGAACUUCAUCCACAUCUACCUGAACGACGGCCGCCUGAAGGAGGCCUUCAAAAUCCAGCAGGGGCUGAAGGGGCUAGUUUACGCUUCCAAGGUUGACCAGUACGUGGCCUGGACUUCCUGCUCCUUCCUCAUGGUCCUCAACGCCCGGUUCCAGAUCCUCUCAGCCACGAAGUCCUCCCAGAGCAUCAACUGCUGCCACUACAAUGAGGAGCUGAACGAGAUGGUGACCGCCAGCCUGGGUAACGUGUCCACCUGGAGGUUCUUCUUUGGCUUCCAGGAGCUGAUCUGCCAUAAGUUCAUCCCUGGUAGCCUCGGCAGCUCGGAUAACUUCACGCUGCUGGCCCUGGAGAGGCCCCUCAUCCGCCUGCAGAGGUGCUUUGCUGUCAGUGGCACUGGGGUGUGUGUGUUCGACCUGCACAGCGGCACACUACUCAACUACAAAAGGAACCUGCACCCCAGCUCCCACUCUCCCUACUCACUCCCAUCCACCCCACUGCCUCCGACAACUGAGUGUGUGAGUGUGUCAGUGUCAGUGAGAUCCCGCUCUGUUUUCAGGAGGAUCACAGGGAUUGCGUCUGCCUUCAGCUUGCAGUGUGUGGCCACCUGUUCUGGCGAUGGCACCGUCAAAGUCUGGGACAUGGACUGGAACCUGCACAUGGUGUUUGUAGGACAUGAGGGGCCGGUCACCGCCAUGGAGGUUCACCCCUACGGACCUUACCUGCUGACGGCCUCGGAGGAUCUGACCAUCCGCAACUGGAGCCUGGAGCUCCAGGACCAGGUGGACGUGACGGCCACACUGGAGACGGUGAGGUGCCUGGGCACCCAGAAAGGUCAGGACAGCAUCUUCUCCUUCUCCCGGCACCGGUUGGACCUGUGGAAAAUCCGUCACCUGUACCGGCUCCACACCAGCAUCGGGCACCCCGUCCUGGCCAUUAAGGUGGUCAAUCUGCCGGGGAGCCACCCCUACCCCUUGCGGGCCCUGUGCGUGUGCGGGGACAGCACAGCCCGUCUCGUGGCCUCCGAGACAGGCGAGGUGCUCACCACCCUGCUUCUGGAGCCCGGACGGCAGGUGGUGGACGCCGAGUACUGUCUCCUGCGGGAGACGGUGCUGGUGCUCACGGCCGCGGGCGACGUGCUGAGGGCCAGCGCCCUCACCAACCCCAUGGAGGUCCAGCUGGUGGUGCCAGGGCACACCCUGCCUGCCCGCCCGCUCUGCCUGUGUAUCUACACCUUCACCGUGGACGAGGAGACAACCUACCAGAGCUGGGUGGAGGUGGUGACCGGCAAGGAGGACGACAAGAAGACAGGAGGCCUCGGGCAGAAUAAGGACCGGUUUCUCCCAAUCAUUGGUGAUGAGGACGGCUUCCUGACGGUGCUGAACAUGCUCUCGGGGGAGACCGAAUACCGAAUCCUCGCCCACAAGUCCGCCACCAUCCAUCGGCUCAUGUCAAAUCCGGACAACAGCAACCUCAUCUCUAUAGGCUCAGACAGCGCGGUGAAGAUCUGGCGAGUUUUCCCCUAUGCUUCCGAGUCACUUAGUCUGCAGAUGACCUUCUACAACAGCCACAUGCCUGUGCACCUCUGCACCAUCCAGUCCCUGUUCGCCGUGGCCUUGCAGAGCGUGGCCAGCGUCACCUACACCGUCGUCCUGUACAACCUCAACAGCAAGACACGCUACGACCACAAGCCCACUGACGAUCCCAAAGACAGCAUCACUGCCAUGUCUGCUUGUCCAAUGCUGAAGAUCUUUGCGAGUGGGAGCAAGGAUGGAACCAUUAAAAUCUGGGACCACAAGAACAAGCUAUUGAGAACACUGCACCUACAGUCAAUUCCCCACUGUCUGGCAUUCUACAAUGACUGGGGAGACCUCCUGGUGGGGCUGAAUCGCAAUGUGUAUCGCAUCAAGCACGAAGAUUACAUCACAAAUGACUACAUGCCACAGUCCUUGGAGCCACUGGUCGAUGAUCCCAUUCCCAUUAACGAAUCCGUGUUCGAAUCCAUGUCGGACGACACUCGCAAUCGUCUGAUGGGACCAAAGACUGAGUACAGUGUGGAGGAAUCCCUGAAGACGGCAUUCCAAGAUGAUCCCAUAUUGAAAGCUCAGCGGUACAAGUCGCUGGGGUAUGGGUGUGCCCUGUUGGAGUUGAGAGACCAGGACCUCCGGCUGCUGGAGCAGGGGGAGAUUAGGAGCUCCCGCAAGCCAGGAACCGAGGAGACCAAGAACGAGGCCUUCCUGGAGUACAUGAAAUACCUGCACAAUGAGCUGCCCAAGGUCGAGUUACCGGAAAUGGAUUUGUUGGGGCCGCAGGGUCCAACCCCGGAGCCCCCACCUAUCAAGGAGGCCCCCUACGUGCGGCUAAAGAUCCGCAAAGGUUUCUUCCCGAACCUGAGGCUGACCGUGCCCUGGGAAGACAUGACAGCCAGAGAGAAAAGGGAGCGGGGUCUUCCCAAGGGAGCCAAGCCUCCCAUCGUUCCCAUCCUGCUGUGUGGCUUCAUCCCCAACUCGGUGCUGGUCCGGCUGUUCUGGCCACUGUUGGAAGAGGAGCCUGUGGAUUUGGGGCACUUGAUCAAAACACUUCAUAAACGCACCCCCCCAGAUCAGGCAUUAUACCAGGACCUAUUGGAGCUCAACGAGAAGUCCUUCAAGGAUAUCUUUGAGAAAGCUUUGGCAGAUUUGGAAUUGCCACAGAUCGUGAAGCCCGAAGAGGAAGUUCCUUUACCUCUGCAACCGUCAAAAUCCAAGGUACUUUCAUCAACCUUCAACCUUCCCUUCCUGAAAGUAUCAGUCCCCUCGAGUCUGUUCCGCCACUCUGUGGCUGAUCUGUCCCUCAUCUCCAUUUACCCACCUUUGCCCCUAUCCCUUGAUACCCUGACCUAACAAAAAACAGUUUUUCGGAAGCGAUGGACUCGAACUGCCCGUCAGUUCCCUAAGCGCCCGUCUGCCAUUGGAUCUGUGGAGUCGACCCUACCUAUGCUCCCGGAAUACAUCCAACGGUUUAAGGAAGAAGAAUGGUUCAAGAAGCUCUUUUCCAACGCAGACACAAGGAACUUUCUGUGCACGUUGACCCUGGAGGACUUUAUUAAGGUCUUGUGUGAGCACCUAAAGAAGGUAGAUUUCCGCUACAAGAUCGGGAUCAUGAAGGCUCUGGUGGCGUUGCAAGCCAUCGCGGGGCCCGCCAGCGCCCUGGGGCCCCACGACGCCAUUUUCUAUGUUCUCAAUCACAAGACGCCACCAAACGACAAGGUGCCGGUACAGAAGGACUUUAUCGAGGUUGCGCUGUGGGCCCUGAAGAAGAUGAACGCUUUCAGCAAAGAGCUGCUGGUGGAGCUGAUGGUGCAAUUUGUCCAGGCUGACCAGAAAAGCAGGAAGAAGAUUCAGGGUCACUUUAUGGACGUGGGGCUGCAAGAUCCUCACAGUUACUUCCUGAAAGAACUGGAGACGUGGAACAAGGCCGUGGUUAACAAGGACCAGCUGGGCAAGAAGUGCUCCUCUUGGCUCCACAAGUGGAAUCAGGCCUUCAAGGAUCAUGCGAUAGAGUCUCUGCAAAAUGUGAUAAAUGAUCAACUGGUCAGUGAAUCGACAACGUCACUCGCAGAGGACCCGGAAAUUGUGCCGCUGAGAUCUGGAGCUCAAUUACUAAAGGGAAUCGCUCUGCUUGACCUCAGGAAGCUCAUGUUCCCCGUAUCCGCCUCACCACCUCGGCAGCGCAGCAGAGAGAGUUUGGGCCACAGAGGGAGCUAUACGUACCUGCAAUUCUCACCAAACCAGUCUGAGACCAGAAUCCAGGUCACAGAGUAUUCCAGAGGCCUGAAAUUGGAGGCCUCAGUGAUCGCCAGAUCCAUAGACAAGCUUCGCCCCAUCGACACUGUGAAUUACUUCUGUGACGUACAGCUGGACAAGGAUUUGCAGGCCAAGAAGAAAGAGAAGGUGGCCAGCAUCCUUGAGGAGGGAACACACAAGAGUGUACUCCUGCCCCGCAAGUUAGAAAGAUUAAACCCGAUUGUCAGACUGGGAGAGACCAACACUUUCGUCAGAAUGAAAUACCCGAUUUAUUUCUCUUCCCAGGCCAUGAGUGAAUACACCUACAUCUCGGAUAUUAGGCGUUUCCUCAGGCUGCCGCUGAAGAAGAUCCAGAUCUACCCGUUCCCAUCGGAAGUGGAUCAGUACCCUCCCCCUCCUGUCCUCAUCACCCUCAGGCAUGGCAACCAGAAGUAUUUCAUGCUGGCACGCUCUUACGUGCGUCCAACCAAUUGAGGGAGGGGGGUGGGGGGCUUGGUCAGUGCCUUACCAUCGUCUCACUCCAUCUCCAUCCCAUUCUUAGAAUGAUUUGAGAAUACCUGAGGUGCCAGGGUGUUAUGCAGACAAUCUUCAUGAGUAAAUGUUAUUAAAGGUUUAGUUUUAUAUCCAUCGCAA